AUGAAUCAACCGGCCGCAUACACGCCCCUCGAGUCGCUGUUCCUGUUCCAGUCGCUGCUUUCCCACGGAGUCGACAGCGGGGCGUUUGCGCGCAUCUCGGAGCUGCUCAAGGGGAAUGCGCUCAUCAAGAGCGGCGACACUUAUGAUGCUGCGCGUCUAGCCCCGGAGGCGCUGCAGCAGCUCUUUCUGCGGCUGCUGCGAGAUGAGCUCAAGGGCGAUGCGGAGCGCGCUGAAGGAGGGGCGGCGGCAGGCGGCGAUGGACUGGGAUCGCCUGGGUCGCGUAAGAGGAAGCUGGGGAGCCCUCCGUUGCCGACACUCAAGGAGAUCUACGAGAAUAUCGACCGCAUCCCAGCCAUAGUCAAUCGAUUGUACGCACGGUACCGAGAACACACGGUCGGACUGAUUCGCGAGGACGAACGCAGGUUUGCAACACUUCAGAGGGAGAUUCAAUUGUUGGAGCGGAGCGAAAAGGAGAGACUUGCCAAGGUGGCAGCGAGCCAGAAUGUCACGCCGACUCUGGCCCCACGAGAUCCAAGGGCAGCGGCGGCGACAACGACAACACCGACAUCGACAGUACCGAUUCCAUCGCCGAUGCCCCCUUCGAAUGGAACUACCCCUUCUCCAGCAAAAACACCAGCAGCCCCGGCAGGCAUCAGAAAGGGACCGACUCCCAAUACGCCUGUCCCACCGCCGAAGCCCCCGAUAUCUGGCGUUGCAGCGCCCAAGGUCACGUUGCCUACUCAAUUGGCGCCGGCUGGAAUUCCCACGCCACAGCCAACCUCCCAGGUGUUGCAACCACCGACGCAGCAACCGCCGAAACAGAUUCUUUCUCCCCGACCAGAAGCUGCUGGUCCGCAGCCCCCAACCGCUCCAGGAGCAGCCCCUGCUCAGGCUGGGUCGCUGAAGUGGGAGAAGCCUUAUCAACCUCCGCAAACAACGCCCGGCAAUGCAGCUCUUCAGAAGGCGCCGCCACCACAACAACAGCAGCAACCUCCACCGUCGCAGCAACAAUGGCAACGACAGCCACCGCAACCGCAACCGCAGCCGCAACAGCAACAGCAACAGCCAGGACCUCCUCGUCCAACCGGGCCAGGGGCUACACAGCAGCCCCAACUUCAUCCUCAGCAGCAGCAAGCGCAACAGGGUCAACAAACUACUCCCCAGCACCAGCAUAUUCAGAGGGCGGUACAGGCCCAGCCAUCCUUAUUGGCUCAGAAAUUCCAGCAUAUACCGAGAAUCCAGACUCCCCGGGCAAUUGCCUCCGCAACUCCUGCCAAAACAUCACCUUCGAUAACCGCUGCUGGAUCUCCCAUUCCCAACAAGGGGACCCCUGGAGCUGUCGCAACGCAGCGAUGGCAACCAGGUGCUCCUUCAGCGCAACAAGGAGCCAGGGCGAUGCCCUCUGCUUCUCCUACGGCCAAACCGCGUCUUAGUCCGGCGUCUCCUGCGCCACGGACUCCAGCACCGUCUAGUCCCGUCUCUCUUAAACGUGGAUUUGGAACGAAAUGGGCAUCUCACUCGACACCAUCCACUCCUGGUCCGAUAACAUCGGAACCGGAGAGCCCGGCCUACGAACCCGUUAGCCCUCCGUUGCCGAGGCCCGCCGUCGCAAAGGAUCUUGCAGUCAAGGCUGUCCCUAAGCUGGCUGCCUCGAAACCUACUGCUAAAAGAAGUCGUGGCCCGAGCGCAACGCCGUCUGCCACGGGCACCAGAAGAAGCCAGUCUGUGAUAUCCCAAACAGAUGAGCUCUCACUAGAUCAUUCCGUAACCAAGGUAAAGAAGGAGGUUGCUACGCCGCGGCUUCGAGAAGAAACCGGCGAUACAACUGCGGAUGAGAGCAUGCCAGGACGUGGCCUCAUGGCCACACCCAGUAGUAUGACCCGUGCACCCAAGCGGAAGCGGCAGGAUACUCCUACUGACCUUCAAGGCCCUCCAACGCAUGUCUUGUGGACGCGAGGAUUCACAAAGGUGUCCUCGUCAGCCCUCGACCAGAUAUCGAGCCAUCGCGACGCCAACAUGUUUGCGACAGCGCUGCGAGAAAAGGACGCGCCGAAUUAUAGGCAGAUCGUACUGCAACCGCAAGACAUUACCUCUAUCCGCUCUGCCAUCAAGGCAGGUAACAAAGCGGCGCUUCAGGCGGCAGCUAAUCUGCCGGGUGGCGAUCCGGGCACGGCAAGCGUUUGGCUUCCCAUCUCCGACGAUCUCGUUCCUCCGAGAGGUAUCAUCAACAGCGCUCACCUCGAGCGUGAGCUGGUGCACAUGUUCUGCAAUGCAAUCAUGUACAACCCCGAUCCCGAUCGUGGUCCCGGACCGGCGUUUAUGAGAAGGUCCCAAAGCGAUGAGGAAGAAGUUGUUGGCUAUCGACUCGACGAGAACGGAGUGGUUAAGAACACGCAGAGCAUGUUUCUCGAGGUUGAGAAGUUAUUGGGCGAUUUGCGCGCGGCCGAAAAGGACAGGGGUAUUCCACCGAUAUCCACGACGAGGCAAGGAAGUGUAGCCACACCGGCGGAAGACACCGCUGAGGAGGAAGACGAGCUUGCUGGCGAUGGGGACUCGGCUUCGGCUUCGGGGACGGCUAAGAGGAGACGUAUCAGUACUAGGAGUUAG